UAAAUAUAUUAUAGUGGAAAACAUUUCAUGUUUCAGUACCUGAUCUUUUCACUUGUAUAUUCUAAUCGGAAACCUAAACUCGAGUCUUCACAGCUCAAAAAAUUUUAAUACUAGUAAAUUAAAAAUAUAGUAUUUGUCUCCAUUGUAAGUCAGAAUUUGACAACAUGAUUAAACCAAUAGCAGCUUGUACAACCUUAGAUUUAUUACAGCCUUUGAGUCCUGUUUUGUUGGGAUUUGAAUCUUUAACUGAUCCUUUUUUUUUUUUAAAUGAGUUGCUCAAAGGAGAAUAACUCUUCCCCCUCUCAUGAUUCUCCUACCAACCCAGGAAGAAAAUAUAUGAAGUAGGAUCAUAAAAAUAUUUCAGCUUCUUAGUUUUGUUCAUAAAACAGUGGUCUUUCUUUACGCCUCAGGUAAAACCUGUAAAUCUUUCUUGUAUUCUUUGAAGAUCCAGAUGUUAUUCCUCUGUUCCAGUUUAUAUCACUUGAAACUUAUCUCCAGUAGUUCAUAGAAUUAGAAGUUUCUGUUGACAUUCAUAUACAGAAAGAGAGGGGCCUCACAUGGUAAUAGGUGAAGAGAGUUGACAAUAUAAAGUGAAAGGGGAAAAGAAAUGGCUAUUCUGAUGGAGGAAAAAGAGGAUUCAGUUCAAGAAAAGCAUUUUGGAAUAGAGAUGCAGGUGAGUAAUGAGGUUAUGGGUAGGAAAAAGAUGGUGAAGAAAAGCUGGGUUGAAUCAAAGAAGAUGUGGGAAAUAGCAGCACCUGCUAUGUUGACAGCAGUAGCCCAAUUCUCUAUUGGGUUCGUCAGUUCUGCAUUUGUUGGCCAUUUGGGAGAGGUGGAGCUGGCUGCUGUUUCCAUUGUUCAGAAUGUAAUUGAAGGGUUUGUUUAUGGUGUGAUGCUAGGGAUGGGAAGUGCACUGGAGACACUAUGUGGGCAAGCUGUUGGUGCUGGACAACUCAACAUGCUUGGAAUCUAUAUGCAAAGAUCAUGGAUCAUUACUGGGGUCACAGCAUUGGUUUUAACACCUUUUUAUGUUUUUGCUUCACCAUUACUGCAACUACUUCAUCAAGAUAAAAACAUUUCAAAGCUUGCUGGAAAGUACUCCAUAUGGGUAAUUCCUCAAUUGUUUGCCUACGCCAUAAAUUUCCCAAUACAGAAGUUUCUCCAAGCGCAGAGCAGAGUAUGGAUUAUGACAAUCAUUUCCAUAGCGGCGCUUGCAUUUCAUGUGUUGUUGAAUUGGGUGCUUGUCACAAAACUGGAUCACGGGCUACUUGGUGCUGCCAUCGCAGGGAACAUCUCAUGGUGGCUUGUGGUUUUGGGUCAGAUUAUUUAUGUGGUCUGUGGUUUUUUCCCAGAAGCCUGGACUGGUUUUUCUUGGUCAGCUUUGAAGUCAUUAACCAGUUUUCUAAAGCUCUCACUUGCAUCAGCUGUAAUGUUAUGCUUGGAGUUAUGGUAUUUUACAGCUGUGAUUCUCAUGGUGGGAUGGUUAGACAAUCCAGAAAUUGCAGUAGAUGCCGUUUCCAUCUGCAUGAACCUGCAACUGUGGGCUCUGAUGAUUGCUCUUGGUUUCAAUGCAGCCAUAAGUGUGCGAGUAUCAAAUGAGCUUGGAGCUGGAAAUCCUAAAGCAGCAAAAUUCUCAGUGGUGGUGACCGUUUUAACUUCAACAAUAAUUGGAGUUGUAUUCACAGCGUUGAUUCUGGUAACCAAGAAUGACUUUCCAAAGGUGUUCACUGGUAAACCAGCAGUCAUGAAGGAGGCAUCAAAGCUUGGUUACUUUUUGGCAGCAACAAUCUUCCUCAAUAGCAUCCAACCUGUGCUCCAUGGGGUGGCAGUGGGUGCCGGGUGGCAGUUGUUAGUUGCCUUCAUCAAUACUGGAUGUUACUACAUCAUAGGACUUCCUAUUGGUGCUGUUCUUGGCUAUAAAAUAAAUCUAGGUGUUAAGGGCAUAUGGUCAGGAAUGUUGGCUGGUUGUGUUCUUCAAAUAAUCAUUCUGACUUUCGUCUUUCUGCGUACUAACUGGAACAAAGAAGCUUUGAAAGCUGAAGAGCGCAUCAGAACUUGGGGUGGCUCUGAGGAACCUCAGCAAAGUUCAUCAGAACACAACAUGAAUGAAUGAAGAUUUCAUUGUGGAAAGAAACUUGAUAAAAUCAAUAUCAGGUUGCAGUUUAUACUGAUUGAUUUUCUACUUGAAUAUACACCAAAAGGGGUCAUCAAAUCUGUCUCUUUUUUUUUUUUUUUAUUCAGUUUGCAAUGUACAUGCAGCUCAUUUCUUGAAAUUGCAAGUGCCGUUUCUUUUUAUGUUGUAGCGUUUUUACUCUUCAAUUUGACGCUUUUAUGUUCUCUUUAUCUAAUGGAUGCUGCACAAUCUUAUGGGAAAUUACAUUAGUGAAGGUAGAAUUACUUGAGAGUC